AGCACGCUGCAACUCGGUCUUCGUCCAUGCCCCCCACCGGGGCCCCGCUCUCACUCCUACCACCAUCCGCUGCUCUACAUGCCCUUACCGUCGCACGCCGCGACGCCAACGUCUCUCUCGAGUACAUUACCUCCCUGCAGUCCUCCAUCCAGGUCCUGGAGGCACAAAUCGCCGCUCUGGCACUGGAACGUGAGGGGUUAGGAGCACAGCUCUCCCUCGCUCAAGCGAGAUAUGCACCAAUUGGUCGAUUACCGAGCGAGCUACUUGCGACUAUCUUCGGGUUCGCAGUAGGCACCGGACGAGCCAGCAGGGAGACGUUGUCGAGAGUAAUACGGGUAUGUCGACAUUGGCGACGGGUUUCACUCGCUACCUCUUUCCUAUGGACGACGGUCCUUGUCGACGCCGAUUGCAAUUGGGAUUCCAUUCGUUUGCACUUGCGCAUGAGCAAGGGCUUGCCACUUGACGUGCUAAUCCACUUUGACGACUUUCCCCGCUCGAUCCCCCGCGAUGCUAUUGGCGAGGCGCUGCUGGAUGCGAUGGAGCUGCUCCAACCGAUCAUAACGCGGACACGCACAUUUCGUCUAUACGUCCUCACCGAGGCGCUGGCAUAUUCCGCGCUGCUCAAGGUACAUCGAAUGCCCGCUCCCAUCCUUGAGCGACUCACUGUGCGUGUAGCGGAGGAGAGGAGUGACCUAGCGGACAUACCUCCUCUAUUUCGCCCAUUCGCUGGCUCCACUCCGCGCUUGAGCUCGCUCAGCCUACAGAGCAUCCGCUUUGGCGGCGCACUUCCCGUGACGGAUAGCCUACGAAGCUUCUCCCUAGGCGGAUACAGCGUGAACGAAGGCGUACCGAUGUACCUGCUCCUUUCUGUCUUCCGAGAUUGCCGUAAGCUCGAGUCCGUCCGACUCGAGUCUAUGGCCGACGUACGGGAGCGACCUCCGAACUCAGGAUCCAUCCUCCUCCCCAAGCUCUCCCAGCUCGUCCUCGCAUCGUGUGGGACCAACCGUGCACAAUACCUUCUCCGAAUCCUCAUCCUUCCCCGGCUUGAACGGCUCGAGCUGGACAAUCUCGGUGAGAUCACUCAGGUGUUGAGGGACUUCGACAUCAAAGCGGAACAUUUGCCCCUUCGGCACAUCCGAGUCGAGGCGUGUUUGUUCAAUGAGCUCAGGCUCAUGCACUUGUUUAUGAAGUGGUCGGGCAUCGAGACGAUCGAACUCAUCGAGUGCGAGGACGUGUCAGACAACCUCCUACGUGGGCUAUCCGAGCCCCCAGGAGCGGAGAAAUGGAUCCUUCCUCAGCUGAAAUACGUCUCCCUCGAAGGCUGCUCGAACAUACACGAUACCGAGCUUGUGCGAUUUGUCUCCUCCCGGGUACAGGGACGAGAUUCACACUCUGAGGUUCUGCCUUCACGCUUGCAGAGCGUAGACGUAGCAAAGCUCUCACUCAGCAAGGUGACACUUGCGUGGUUGGCAAACAGGGUGACCGUGGGGUUUCGAUCCUCUUAGUUGCGAGGAUCUAUCUGAUUGUGAGAAGGUGUACUUGUCCUGUUUUCCCUUUACCGUGUUGUUACAAAAGAUUGAUACCCCUCUCAUGUGUACCACAAGGACUGUUAUCAAUACGUUGUUUGUGCCUGUUCUUCUAUAGUUAAG